UUGGUUACACAUACAUUGAACAAGUAUCUCAGGAAGUCAUCAUCUAAUAUACUAACAGUGAUAAAUCAAAUGUAAUAUGAUCACAUAGUUUGCCAUUACUAAUAAAACCCAGUGUUUUGGUUAGUUUAGUUUGUGUGGAAUUACCCCAGAAGUCGACCUGUGGCGUGCGAGUGGGGCUCUGCUUGUGGGAGGAUGUCCCAGUUUUGAGCUUAAAUAGACUGCGUCUUUUUCGAGGGUCGCAACACAACUGACGAUCGUGCUAAAAAAUGAAGUUGCAUAGGUUGUGUUUCUGUGCAGUUCUGCUGCUGUGUCUUCUGGUCUCUAAGACAUCACAGGAAAGUGGAGUUAUUCGUGAAAGCUGUUUAAGAACUACAGAUACUAAAGUUCGUAUGCAACUUCUGGAAAGCUACUUCAUCCAGCGCAAACCCUUGUACUCUGUGGAGGCUGUGAGAUUUCGCACAGUCAAGGGGUUCACAAUCUGCUCAAAUCCCUCCUCGCAAUGGGCCAAAAAAGCUAUCAAGCACCUGAAUAAAAAGAAGAAACCUAAGUCAGGAUAAAACAGGUUGACAAAUAUUUCAACCAAUACUACAUCAACUCAGACUUAACGCAAGAGACCAAUGAAUGUUAAUUCUUUUGAAAUGCACUUUAUUGUAAGCUGUGAUGUUUAAAAAAUACCUGUAGCGGAUGUUUUAUACAAUAAGAUUGUACUUUAAUAAUAUUAUAUAUUGUGUAUUUCUCGCUCUCAAAUAAAUGUAUUUACUCAGUAA